AUGGGCAAGAGGAUAGAAGGAAUCCUUCACAUGGUCGGAGGAGCUGGGGAAACCAGCUACGCCUCCAAUUCUAAGUUUCAGGCGUCAGCAUAUCUGAUCACUGGUUUGCUAACUGCGUCCCAGGAGAAGGUACUUCACAUGGCGAAGCCAAUACUGGAGGAGGCAAUAGGAGGGGUUUACAUGUCGCUGCUCCCCGAGAGGAUGGCGGUGGUCGACUUAGGUUGUUCCUCGGGCCCUAACACUUUGGAGGUGGUCUCCGAGGUGCUCGACGUGAUUGGCAAGCUACGGCGGAGCCUGGGACGCCAGGAGAUGCCGGAGAUCCUGUUCUUCUUGAAUGACCUCCCGGGGAAUGACUUCAAUCACGUCUUCCGGUCUCUGGGAGAUUACAAGAGGAAGGUCGAGGAGGAGAAGGGGAAUCUGCUGGUGCCAUACUACGUCGUGGGAGUUCCAGGCUCCUUCUACGGCAGGCUUUUCCCUUGUCAAAGUGUCCACUUCUUCAACGCUUCCUGUUGUCUCAACUGGCUCUCUCAGGUUCCUGAAGGUGAACAGGGAGUUCUACUCAACAAUAAGAACAUCUAUGUUGCAGAGACAAGCCCACUGGAAGUUGUGAAAGCAUAUCAAGACCAACGCCAAAGAGACUUGUCAGAGUUCCUUCGGUGCCGUCAUGCAGAACUAAGCUACGGAGCAAGAAUGGUAUUGUCAUUUGUAGGAAGGAAACGGAGUUAUCCACCCUGGGGAGACAUGGGAUACCUUUUCGGCCUGUUAGCCGAAGCCCUGAGUGCUUUGGUGUCACAGACUUCUAUUGAUGUUGAUGCCAUCAUGAUUCAAGGAAAUAGGCAAUCAUCUAUUGUUUAUUAUAACAUUUAG